AUGCUGGUUCAACUUCUCACAAUCAUUAUUAUAGUUGUCACAGCCACAGGAACAGGAUCGUACUCUGUGUUGCACAUGGAUUUGGAUUCAACACCUCUAGUUUCCUUUCUUGAGCGUCUACAAGAAGCAGCAUUCAACACCUUUGGCUUAGGGGUGGAUCCUAAGACGUACGUUGACAUGCCAUUGAAGUUGGAUUUGUGUGUGACAGAAGAAGCAUUUGAUAAACUUGGUAGGAGUGGUGACGGGAAAGUGUCGGUUGAGGAGUUGACAUGUUUCAUAGAAGAGUACUUUGAAAGAGCAGGGGAUGACAUGGAGCCUUUGGAGGCAGAAGAUUUUGUUGAAGAACCAGAAGGUUUUUUGGCAAAGGUGGAACACCCUGAGGUGAGGGAAUGGGCAUUGAAGGUGCAUUCUCUUUGGAAUAAUUUGAGUAGAAAAAUGUGUAAUGGGGUCAAAAGGGAACCUCAUUUGCAUACUCUGCUUCCUGUCCCAUCUCCUUUCAUCAUUCCCGGAUCACGCUUUCGUGAGCUCUAUUACUGGGAUUCCUACUGGGUAAUUAGGGGCUUGCUAGUGAGUAAGAUGUAUAAGACUGCUACAGGAAUUGUUAUUAAUCUCAUUUCUCUAAUUGAAGAAUAUGGAUUUAUGCCUAAUGGUGCUAGAGUUUACUACACCAACAGGAGCCAGCCUCCCCUUUUAAGUGCUAUGAUUUAUGAGAUAUACAGUUGCACUGGUGAUAUCGAUUUGGUUAAAAGGUGUCUGCCUGCAUUACAAAAAGAGUAUGAGUUUUGGAAUUCAGAAAAACAUAAAGUGACCAUUCUGGAUGCUCAAGGUUGCACUCACACCUUAAAUCGUUAUUAUGCAAUGUGGAACAAGCCUAGGCCCGAAGCCUUUGUAAAGGACAAGGCAUUUUCUUCCAAGCUUUUGGAUGCAACAGAAAAACAACAUUUUUACCGGGAAUUGGCAUCAGCUGCUGAAUCAGGAUGGGAUUUCAGCACAAGAUGGAUGAGAGAUCCAUCAGAUUUCACAACAAUGGCUACAACAUCUGUGAUACCUGUUGAUUUAAAUGCAUUUCUACUUGGGAUGGAACUUAAUAUUGCCUUCUUUGCAAAAGUUACUGGAGAUAAUAGCACUGCUGAACACUUCCUGGAAUUGUCUGAUGCUAGAAAGAAGGCCAUGAACUCUGUUUUCUGGAAUGAAGACAUGAAACAAUGGCUUGAUUCUUGGCUCACUAAUAGCACAUUUGAGGAAGCUCAAGUUUGGGAAUCCCUGAACCAAAACCAAAAAGUAUUUGCUUCCAAUUUUAUUCCAUUGUGGAUGGAGCCAUUUUACUCAGAUACUUCACUUGUGGGUAGAGUUGUUGAAAGUCUCAAAACUUCUAGCCUGGUUUGUGCUGCUGGAGUUGCAACUUCUCUGACUAAUUCAGGACAACAGUGGGACUUUCCAAAUGGUUGGGCCCCGCUUCAACAAAUGCUAGUUGAAGGUCUAUUAAAAUCUGGGUUGAAAGAAGCAAGGUCAUUGGCUGAGGAAAUUGCUGUGAGAUGGAUCACAACCAACUAUGUUGCUUACAAGAGAACGGGCGUAAUGCAUGAAAAGUUUGACGUGGAGCAUUGUGGGAAAUUUGGAGGUGGGGGUCUAUAUGCACCCCAGACUGGUUUUGGCUGGUCGAACGGAGUUGUGUUGGCAUUUUUGGAGGAGUUUGGAUGGCCACAAGACAGGAAUAUAGAUUGCUGAUAUGCUCAGGGAGUUAAAGAUACAGGCUUUAAUAUUAUUGGUAUGUUUUACAUGAUGCCGGAAGAAUUCAAGAAAGCUAUAAUUUUAUUGUGGUUGAAAAAAU